GUGACAGACAGUUCACGACAGAGCGCACAUGUAUAUACUGCAGCUACUAUUGUGUUCUACUUGUGUAUCGCAAAUAGGCGUGUGUUCGGUAGGAAGAGCUACAAGAGUCAUCUUGGCGCGCAACAUGGGUGUUUUCCUUUCCCGGCGUUCCUCAGGUACAGCACUGGGGACUAUGUCUAUUACAUGCCGUACAGCCAUGUUCCUAGCUAUUGCAUCGGAAUAAUUGCUGGUUUCUGGUACACAACAAAGGUGCCUCGACAGCUGUCAAGGGGCAAGGUGGUCUUCCUGUGGGUAGCAGCGCUUUGCAGUAUCUCCAUCGGUCAGUUCGGAACUGUCCUGUGGAUCGGCCAUGGGCAGCCUUCCAGGAUCAUCACGGCUUUGUACGCUGCGACACACCGUGGACUGUUCAGCGCGGGAAUAGCGUGGAUAAUCUACGCCUGCCUCACGAACCGCUCUGGUUUCCUCAGCAGCGUACUAGCGUGGCCAGGAUGGGCGCCUUUGAGCAGGCUUUCGUUCUCCACAUAUAUGUUUCAUGACAUCAUGCUUCAGUAUGAGUGGACGAGUUUUCCUAGCAGAGUAGACGGAGGCUAUUACUUUAUGGCGAUCUUGGUGGCCGGAAACUGCGUCGCUUCGAUUGCCGCGGCACUGGUGAUGCACGCCCUGUUUGAGAAGCCCCUCGCCUUGCUUGCCACCUUGCUCGAAGAGCACCUCCUGCCUCGCCGACAGCCGGUGUACGAUGGGCCCGCCGUGGAAAAGCAUGAACGCGUCUCCGAGGGAUUGGCCAAUAAUUGUGACAGUUCCCGCAUCAAGCAAUUGUGACGAUGCACGUAGCUCGUUUUGUAAACAGCAAGCCUACACCGAGGCAGGCAUUUCUAUCGCUUCCGAAUUGUUCAUUGUUUUUAAAUAAUGCCAAAACAAGAACAUUAUUCGUCCCCCACUGCGGUACCACACGACACUGCGCCCUUGUUUGUGCAAUGCGACACGUAUACAGAGCCUUAUCGCGCACACCCGCCAUGCUGACUUAGCGGCUAUGGCGUUGCGCUGUUGAGCACAAGAUCGCGGGAUCGAAUCAAGGCAGCGGCGGCCACCUUUCGAUGAGGGCGAAAUGCAAAAACGCCUGUGUACCGUGCACUAGGAGCUCGUUAAACAUCGCCGGGUGGACAAAAUUAAUCCGCAGCUCCCCACUACGGCGACCCUCAUAAUCGAAUGAUGGUUUUCGCACGUAAACCCACAAAAAUCUAAGCACUAACGUGCACGCUCAAUCAGUGUUAAUCGAAACACCUCAUCAGUAUUUGAGCCAGUAUAACUUCAGUAUUUCUUCACGGCGGCGAAAAUGUGCCUCAUAGAAUUACGCGAACACCGAUUACUGUAAUAUUAGUUACCUGUAUACGUGUUAAUCACAUUUAAUUAACAUCGUAAGAGAAAUAAACAACCCUGGCACUUUUGUUUUUCAUGUCCCAUUGCACAGUAAUAAAUAUGAACCGAAUAGCCCAGUAAUAAGUGCUGAUAGGCUGCAGUUGUUCUGUAGGUGGUCCUGCUUUUUUGUUCAUCCCGGUCUUUAUGGAGCCUCUCGUCCUUUAAGAAUUCUCACCUCUCUUAGCGUACCGCGCGUAGUACCAGAAUUAUUGCCUCUGCAAGUGUUUGGGACCUCCUGAAAUGCAAGGUUUGUCUGAAUUAGAAGCUUGGAAGCUUGGGCAAGACUGUAUGACUGUAUGACUGUAUGAUUGUAAAUCUGGGCCCUUGCAGAGAGCCAUGAU